AGUCGUAGUUCGGUCACGUUGACCAGCAGCAGUCAUGCUGAACGGCAAGUUUUACACGGGUCUGCCGCCAAAAAUGGUGGAGCGUCAAGCUGUAAAGGUGUGCAAUCGCCAGGAGUCGCACUUCUUCUGGCCGGAUGACUCUCGAGCGGAUUCGGCGGUGGAGAACCGCGUGAAGAGGAGGAACAGCCAGCAGUUGGCUGUGGAACGGCCCCUAGAACGACUCUCCUCGGUCCAAAAUCCCUCACCCACCGAAGUGGAUACGCGACGGAUGUUUCACAAGGAGUUUGCCAGCUCCUCCAUUCAGUUCUACGACAAUCUGCAGUCAAAUCCCGCUCCUGGGCUGAGAAGGGGUACCCACCGGGAAUUGACACCCAAGCUUACAGAAGUAAAGCCGCUGGAGGAAAGAAUGGAGGACAAGUCAAUGGUGGACGCCACGGCCAGUCGCCGCCAACAGGCCUACAGCUCCAAAAUCCAGUUUUACGACUAUGUGAACGAGGCCGAUAAUGCCACCCAAAAUAAUGUGCGGAGACCCCAGAUGGACUUGAAUGACAAGCGUGAGGUGGAACUCAAUUCCAAGAACAGCCCCAAGCUCCAGGUCAAGCGGAAUGUGCGCAGUUUCAGUGUGGAACUGGAACCAAAGGUGACCAAGAAGCCCCUCAACGAUAGUCCUGAAUGGCGACCCAGACCACGACCACUGCCCAUGCCCAAGAAGAUACUGAAGCAAUCGUCGCUGCAGGAUCAAGACUCCAUGGACUUUCUGGACAAUCGCGUGCGACGUUUGCAGUUGACGCGGAGUCCAGGGCUGCCCAAGAAGCAUGUGACCUACAACGAGGAGGCGGCUGAAUAUGCCUACUACGAGGAUCCGCAGGUAGAUUUGAUCCCGGAACCUGUCUACGAAAGUCGCCCUCGUCAGCAGCCAAAUAUGCCCACCGGAAGUCGCCAUCAGCAGCAGCAAAAUCAACAGUUCCAGCAGCAAUAUCAGCGUCAGCAGCAGCCGCGUUCGUUUAUGGAAACUAGUCGGGCCAAGCCAUUAAAUAACAAUAAUAACUACCACCAGGCCAGCGGUAGGAAAAUCUUGCCAAAAUUAAGCGAGAGCCCAGCGGCAACUACACACAUGCUGGAUGAGGUUCCCUCCUCUGCUCCCGCUGCCGAUCCCCGCAAGCACCUGCGCAGCAGCCUCUGCUUCAGCGGCGACGCUCUCAUGGUGGGCGGCACGCCGGCAGCACAGUCAGCGCAGCGCAGCUCCGCCGGGCAGCGGAUCAGCGUGGGUCUCCCAGAUUGAGGCUCAAUCAAUUCUGCUUUGAAUUGCGUGUUUAAUCAGCUGCAGCUGCACAGGGAGAAAUAUCAGAGGUAGAAGUAGGAAAAUAGAAAUUGUUGCUUUAAAAAAUUUGAGAAAUGUUGAAGAAUCUGGUUUUGGUAGCCAGAAUUUGUCUUGAAUAUUCAAAAACUUAUAUUUUCUUGAAAUAAAUCAAGAAACAUUAAAAUUGUAUAAAAUUAUGGAAUAAAAAGAUUUAGAAUUUAGAUUUUUAUAUAUUUUUCCCUGUGCAGUAAAGUUGACACCAGAAAACCUGCAAAAGUUAAUUGAAAGUAACAGCUGCGAUUGCAGCAGCAUCAAAAGCACAGCAAAAACACAGCAAUCUCUGAAGGCGCGGCGUUGAGGCAACAACAGCCACAAACUUUGCUGGCUUUUAUUUUAACGAUCAUCUGCCCAACUUUGAGUUCACCCACGAACGAAUGAGUCGGCAUUCGUUGAAUAUACAUAAAUACUACGUAUAUAUGCACAUAAACAAACCUUGAUCUUGACUAAUUUGUGAGCCGUCUGGCUGCCUUUUGCUGUUGUUGUGCAACCCGAACAUGUAUUAAUUUAGACUUUUUAAGCCAACGCAGAAUAAUCUAUAAUUAUUAUAAUAGAGAUAUGCU